CCCGGUCUGUAUGCAGAUGCGUUGGCGGUGGAGGAGACCAGCGGCGGCGGCUGCGGCAGCGUUUGCGCUGCUGCUGCUGCUGCUGGCGCAGGGGGCGGCUGGGGCCGCGACGGGCGCCCUGCAAGGGCGUGAGGUGGGCGCUGCAUCGCGCACGCGCACGCUCUCCGUGGGCGGCCACUUGCGCCUCGCGGCGCGUGCCCCGCCACCACACGACGCCGACGCCGCGCAGCAGCUCGACACCAUGCUGCUGAUGGGCGCCGGCGACGGCAAAGGCGACUCCGAUACCCCUAAGGGCGCCAAGGACACCAAGGACACGAAGGAGCCGAAGGAUAAGCCAACCAAAACGCCGGCUGUCACAGAGGCGAGCUCCGACGAUGACGACGAAGACCGCAAGACGCUGUCCCAACAGAUCGCUGACGGGAAAUACGGCCUGCUGCAGAAGGAGCUGCACGCCAAGCCGCCGUCGCGCCCGGGCAUCCUGAGCUAUGGCGCCAACCCUGAAGUGCCACGUGACACUGCGCAAACCUUGGGUGGCUUGGAGCCCGAUGACAUCUGGCUGGCCGAGGACCACGUGCUGGUGCUGCGCGGGGGAGCCUUCCCAGAGGGCACGGCUGGUGGCAGCAAGGGCAGCAGCGGCGGAGGUACAGGGCCCUGGCCGCCCAUCGACGACUAUAUGGCGCCCCCGCGUCAGGUGAAGAUUCCGGCCCGACCGCGAAUCCCGCCGCCCUUUCCCGUCCGCCUCGCCGACGGCGGCCCCACGCAGCUCCUCGGCGCCAACGGCACCGCCCCCAUCGUCCUCCCCAACGACGCACCGCCCUUCUUCGGACCGCCCCCGUUUCCCUUCGGGCCGCCUCCGCCCCCCGGCGCCCUUCCGCCGUUCGGAAACAUUGCGCCGCAAGGUGGACCGCCUGGCGCUGGGCCGGGACAGGGACCGGGGUCGUACGUCUACGGCAGCGGUGGUGGCGGCGCCUCGCCCGGAUCGCUGCCGCCAGCUGGCACGCCGCUUCCACCUCCCAGAAACGGGUCGUUGCACGGCCGACCUCCGCCCGCUCUACGGCCCGGCUCCCCGCCCACGCCCGGGUCGGGAAACUCCCCGCCGGGGAACGGAGCCCCUCCCUUCUUUCCGUUCCCCUUCCCUCCGCCCCCUUUCCCACAGAGAAAUGGAACGGGUCAUUUCCCGACGCUACCGCCGGGCCUCUUUCCACCCUCCUUCCCACCGGGGGGUCCAAACGGCACCAGGGGUCCACCGUUUCUCCCACCUCCCCCGGGCUAUUUUCCCCCGGGAGCAGCCUUUCUACCGCCGCCCGGAAGUUUGAACGAUACUUUCGACGAGGACGACCCUUCAAUCUACUAUCCGCCGCCGUACGACUUUUUCUACCCAAAGGAUAAUUCCACCGAAGUGCCACCUGGCCCGCUGGUGCCCGGAAUCAUCCUGCCGCCGCCGCCUGACUUUUUCGCGCCUCUGACGCCCACAACUUCCACAACAACCUCAAGUACGACCACUACAACCACCGUACCACCACCGGCAACUACCACCACCCCAGCGACGACACCACGACCGCCAACGGCGCGCAGGAAGAAGCCACGACCGACUACCACUACAGUUCCACCUCCUGAUUCUGUUGCCUUCAACCAGGUCACGACGGAGGUCCCUCUCGAGGUGUAUGGCAAAUUGGUGCCUGCAGCUCCGGCCAACGUGGUGGUGGCAACGCCCACGCCUAUUUCUUACGUCGUGGUGCCCGUCACCGACAUCACCGUCCGCACUAAGCCCCGGCGGCCGGUGGCAGCGCCCCUGGACAGCAACGCGUUGCCGGCGCCCACGCCCGCGCCUGCGGUGCCCGAGCGCGCGCCCAAGGCGUCCUACUACUUCUACGAGGAGCCGCAGGUGGAACAGGGCCACCUCAGCGACGUUGGCGUCAUCAAGAGCCAGCGCGGCUACUACAAGGAUGGCUACUACUACGAGCGGCCUGCUCCGGCUCCUGCCGCGGACGUCGCCGCCCCGGUGGCGCCCGCCAAGAGCGCGCCGCGACGGCCUGCGGCACCCGCAGCACCGGCCGCCUACCUGCCGACGCCUAAGCCUGCACCACCCGCCCACGCCAAAGCGCCGGCCCCUUCACCCGCACCAGCCCCUGGUCCUGGUCCGCUCUACCUCGACAUUUCCGUCGACAAGUUAGCCCCCAGUCCGAUCCCUCCCGCAUACUAUGACGUCUCCACGCCCGCGCCCCCUCAGUAUUACUAUUACGAAGCUCCCGACGCUAAAUUUGCGUCCACUCCGGCCCCGCCGCUCUUCUAUAGCGUGUCCAAGCCUACAACGCGAGCGCCGCCGACCUACUACAAAGUCUCAAGUCCCGCACCUCAACUGUUCACCGUUCCUAGCACUACGCCUUCUCCUCAAUAUUAUAAUAUACCUAGAAAAGUGACGACCCCUGCGCCGCAAUAUUACAGCGUACCUAGCAAACUUACCUCCCCGGCACCUCAGUACUACACAGUGACAGCGCCGAAAGCAUCGACGCCCGCGCCCCCCUACUACAAGCAAUCUGUGCAGCCCAACUACUAUGACGUCACGGCCGCGCCGCCCUCCUACUACGGCGCAUCCGCACCCACGCGCGCGCCGCCCGCCGCGCCGGUCUACUACUACGUCACUGGGCGACCAUCCAUCGCGCAGUACACCACCCCACGCACCCAGCAACUCCUGCAGGCGCUCCAAGCUCUGCAGGCGCUUCGCUCCAACCUGCAGUUCUACAACUCAGCAACCGCAGCGCCCCCGGCCGCCCCAUUGCCGGCGGCGUCGCCCACUGCGCGUCCGAUCUACCAGUUCAGCUACGAGGCUAACGGCGUCGUUGCAGCCAUCGCUCCUGCGGCUCCGGCGGCCCCGGCUGCUGCGCAAACCGCCCGCCCGUCGCGACCUCGCCUCACGACCGCACCGCCCCCACACCCAUCACCGCCCUCCACGCCGCGCACCGUCUACGAAUUCAGUUUCGAAAAUCAGCAACGGCCUAGCGAAGCAGCAUCCGCCUACGUGACAACACCCCUCCCUCCCGUCGCUCUCGUCACUGCGACGCCGGCUCCUAUUGCCGCCUUCACCUCUCCGCGGCCACAACACGCAUACUACACUCCCCAGGACGAGCGUCUCUUCGAUGACAUCACCAAGAACUUCUUCACCGUCUUCGGGCAGAAGCUGGGCGGCGAGCCAACGACGCCCAUGCCGCCCGCGACUGGCGCAGCCGCCGAGCCCACGACGGCCCCGCCUCCCGCGCCAAAACCCAUCUCGCUCGAAAGCGACAUCGCCGUCAACUACAACCAGCCGCUGCCCAGCAUCGAGCCGGAAAGCGAGUUCAUCUCGUACCCGCUACCAGGCAACGGCGCGCACUUCUACUUCCUUACGCCGCAGGCCGUGUACGGUGGCAACGCAGCCGGAGGCGGCAGCGGGGUGGCGGGCGGCCGGUCACGGACUCGCUACCGCCGCCGGAAGGCGCCCAGGUGAACUUCGCCAGGCGCCCCGCACGGGCGCCGCCUAGUGCCAUCUGCAGCAGCCCGCGUCCGCCGCCGCCCUGUUCACGAGGACGACGGCGAACGCCGGACGCACGGUGCCGUCGUCCACCUCACGGCCGCUGCUGUGUGUUUUUGAUCCUUCGCCCUCCUAGCCGAGAGACGAACCAUGCUCGAGUGUGGUGCUACGCCUUCCAACGGAAGGCGCGAGUGAAAUAAUUUAUUAAGACAUUUCUAGAAGGUCGUCCCAGCAUCUGUGUUUUAAAAACAUUUUGAACAAAUAUUUCUGUACCAAUGGGUCCAUUUACCGCCUGAAUGUAUUAAAGUGGCCACGCUUUCCCCGCAGUCAUUCCACCUUGCUAACACCUACUUCAGUCGAUACUUAUGCCGCCUUGCGACAGCUCGGAAAACGAAGCGGGGUGCCUGGCGCGUUGUAGACUCGCUGCCGCGUACGAAGCAGAACCACUGCAGCAGUGUCGUCCACAACGCGUAUGCGUGUCCUGCACGCCAAUAGGCGUGUCACUCACGGAUGAUUACCACACAGUCAAAAUUAUAACAGAAGCUUCGCCAUAUCAUGUUAGUCUGUGAUGUAAUUGUUGCAAUAUUAAAUAUUGUGUAUUAAAAGAAUGAAAAAUGCAAUAUUAUUUUCAUUGUGAGCCAUGUUCCAAAUUACUCUUCAGCACAUAAUUAACCUCUUUGGCAGAUGCAGAACACGCAGGCCUUCAGGUAUUGCGGAAUUGGCCGGGAAAAUGCCCCGGCGGAUGUUAUAACGAUUUUCGCCUUACAUGCUGUGCUCACGAACCGGACAUUUUAGCUAUCUGGUU